AUGCGCGAGUGGAACGAGGCGCACCUGGCUCUGAAGCGGACGCGUAAGCAAGGACGGGCCAAGGUCUCCCUCAUCCAGAGCAAGGUCAAGAGCAAGGACGGCACCAUUACGUACCCUCUGGUUCCUGGAUGCAGUUUCCCUACUGCAAACAGGUGGCACUUGAAGCUGGACGCGGUUAACGUCUGCCACGACACCACAUGCUGUGACGAAUCAACCCCGUGGGACGAGGCCACGGAAAAACACCCCGCCCCCAACACCCCUAAACCCAAGAGGGUCCGCAAGAAGUCCAGCAACGCCAAACGGGUGGCGGGUGCGGGCGGUAAAAGGGGAGGGGAGGGGAAGGUGGAAGGAUGCUCCGGCUGA